CAUCUGCCAUCACACCUCACUGUCCUUGGCUCUUGCCACGGGUGAACGGUUGCACAGAAGUCAGCCGGCGUUAGGUGAGGAAGACUUAGUAAGAGUUCCAGUGUCACUUCUGCCGCUAUGUCUGUUAACCGAAGCAGCUUCAGCUCCAUCUCCAUGUCCCACAACAGUGGUGGAGACGUGGGACGGAUCAGCAGUGGUUUUGGCAGCAGAAGUCUUCACAAUCUAGGGGCAAGCAAGAGGAUUUCCAUCAGCAGAGGGUAUUGUUCUACUAGACCAGACCAGAGUUAUGGGUCAGGUCAUAGUGCGUUUGCACAUAGAGUUGGUGGAGCUGAGUUUGGGUUUGGAGGAGGAUAUGGUCCUGGAGGUAUUCAAGAGGUCACAGUCUGCAAAAACCUCUUGGUACCUCUUAACCUGGAAAUUGACCCCAACAUGCAGAGAGUGCGGCGGGAGGAGAAGGACCAGAUCAAAUCCCUCAACAACAAAUUUGCCUCCUUCAUCGACAAGGUGCGGUUCCUGGAGCAACAAAAUAAAGUCCUGGAGAUGAAAUGGACCCUUUUGAAAGAGCAAAAAAUAGUGAAAAAUAACCUUGAACCCAUGUUUGAUGCGUACAUCAGCAACAUGAGGAAAGAGCUUGAGGCUCUGGAAGGGGAUCGGCUGCGGCUCAGCUCCGAGUUGAAAGCUAUGCAGGAUGAUGUUGAGGACUUCAAGAUCAGGUAUGAAGAGGAGAUCAACAAGCGCACCACUGGAGAGAAUGACUUUGUCUUACUCAAGAAGGAUGCCGAUGUCGCUUAUCUGAACAAAGUGGAACUGGGGACCAAGGUGGAUGCACUGGCAGAUGAGAUUAACUUCCUGAGAGCCCUCUAUGAAGCCGAGCUGUCUCAGAUGCAGUCGCAGAUCUCCGACACCUCCGUGGUUCUCUCCAUGGACAACAACCGAAACCUGGACCUGGACAGCAUCAUCGCAGAGGUCAAAACGCAGUAUGAGGACAUCGCCAACCGGAGCCGGGCAGAGGCCGAGUCCUGGUACCAGAGCAAGUACGAGGAGCUGCAGCUCACGGCUGGCCGACAUGGGGAUGACCUGCAGAACACCAAGAUGGAGAUCUCCGAGAUGAACCGCAUGGUCCAGAGGCUCCACUCAGAAAUUGACAGUGUAAAGAAACAGUGCACCAGUUUGCAGACAGCUAUUGCAGAUGUUGAGCAGCGCGGGGAGAUGGCCCUCAAGGAUGCCAGGGCAAAACUGGCUGGCCUGGAGGAUGCUCUACAGAAAGCCAAGACAGACCUGGCUCGGCAGAUCCGUGAGUACCAGGAGCUCAUGAACGUCAAGUUGGCCCUGGACAUCGAGAUUGCGACCUACAGGAAGCUCCUGGAGGGCGAGGAGAGCAGGCUGGCUGGGGAAGGCGUUGGUGCAGUGAAUAUUUCUGUGGUCUCAUCUGGGAGUACCUACGGAGGUGGGAACACGCUGGGGCUGGGGUCAGGCUUCAGCAACAGGUUCAGCACGGGGGGAAGCGGCGUCAGCUCCGGCAGCGGGAGCUGCCUGGCUGGGGGAUUCAGCUCUGGUGCAGGAAGCAGCUCGAGCGUGAGGUUUGUGUCGAAAAACACCACCAGGAGCAACUAUCGGAGCUAAAUCACAGCAGCACUCAGCUCACCGGGAGCAGAAGUAGUCGAGCACCGCAUCCUGCUGCCAGCGCAAAGCCUACUAACACCAUCCAAAAAUCCACGCUUACCAUUUUUCCCAUUAGGGGAAAAUACAUUCUCAAUGCUACUCACUGGCUUGGAAGAGACGCCUCUUCAAGUCCAAUUAAUUCCUCUGCAUAAAGCCCCACCCAGCUGACCAGAAGCCCAGCAACGCUUCUCAACGAAUAAUCAGCCUUUCCAUUAAUGGAUAUCAUUUUUAGAACCCAACUUGCAGCUUCCCGGAGUUCCCUUUUGCUCCAGUGUCCUGGUGCAAACCCAGAGUGUAUGCAGGACUUGGAUUUACAUGAGUGAACGUGAAAGCAGAAUGCAUCCGUUCAUCUGCUUAUAGAAAGAAGGAGAUGCUUUGAGACCACGGUCUGUUGCGUUCCCUCCUCGUCAGCCCUGCUCCGUGCUGCUGGUCUUGCUCUCCCCAAAUGCUUAAAGCAUUGGAAACGAAUUGCCUUUCAAUACAGAGGCAGUUGCUGUGUUUCCCAAUCCCUCUUGAUGUCAUUCCAAUCCAGGGCUCUCGAGCUCUACCUACAUCCCAAAACACAGACCUCAUUUUCCAGCAGUGAAAAGGGUUGGAACUCAAUGACGUCUCAUUCCUCAACCACUCGGUAUGGAGAAUUUAAGUCUGGUUUGGACUCGAUGACCCAGUGGGUCCCUUCCAACCUAGUCAGUCUAUGAUUCUAAGUCAAAAGACCACGUAACCUUCAGGUUGCUAGAGCUCGUCCCAGCUGCAAACUGUUUCCUUUCCACCAGACACAGUGAGCUUAAAGCGGAGCCGGGGGUUAAAAAUAGAGGAAAAACAAAGAGGAGAACCAGCAGGCUUGGGGACCAUAAAUUUUGCAUUACGGAAAAACAUCUCUGGUUCAGCACCUUUGUUCUUCGUUUGUUGGGGGUUUUUUUCUCUUCUCUUUUAUGGAAGGGGUGGUGGGGGCAAAGAGGAGGAUUGGAGA